AUGGGAGGUGAGCGGCGAUUUUUGAGAAAAUCGACGAAGGGACGGCUCAGACGAUCGGCGGCUUCGGCGAGUCUGGAGGAGGUUACACAUCGUGGGGCAGGGGCCUCGAUAACCCCUUCGCCCACUAUGACCACCCCCUCCAUCAUGACCACCCCCUCCAUCAUGACCGCCUCGUCCUCUACGACCGCCUCGUCCUCUACGAGUUUGGGGGCGGCGUCGCAGCGUCGGUGUGCGGCAGGGAUCUCGACGACUGCCCCGCCUACCUCGACCUU